CGAGUUUCAUUUGUCCGUUCAAUACUCUACCACCGACCGCGCUACCAGCUCCUACGCUUGCUGAUAUCCUCCGAGAAAAGAUGCAUCCAACCUGACCGGAAAUCGCGCGUCCUUGCUGACCCAUCCAAUAACAAAUAAAAAAAUCCGUUAUUUAUUUACUUGAAAAAUAGCAAAUUUAGUGUUUACUUCGGCGCGAAACAUUUUUGUGCAGUGCAGUGGUGAGUUUUAUUUUUGGGGGCGGUUUGUGAAGUGAGUGUGAUGUAAGUUACGUUGGAUUAGAAGGCGACUUUAGAAUGGAGUUGAGGUUUUCAAGAUGCUCGGUGGCUCCUUUGCUGCUGCUGCUUCUAUUCGUUGCAGCAAAUGCUCUUCGUGGAUCUGAUGUACAGGUCGACGAGCAGAAGCUACCGGUUCCAAGCGGCCGAGGAAGUUCCAGAUUUAAUACUAAAAGUGCCAAAAUAAUUUAUACAUCUUCUACCCCAACUCCAACUUUAAAAACAUCAUCCAGAAAAGGAUCCCAAAGUCGAAAAACUAAUGGUUCCAAUUCUCGUACAAAUGAUGAAAGGAUAUUAAAAUCGACAACCUUAAAGUCCGCAAGUACUGAAUCAAAAAGGAAUCUUAACUUUGAAUCGAGAAAAACUUUGGAUAAAGGAAGAACCACACCAGCCACAUUAGAAGAAGUUAGAACCACAUCUCAAAAGUCUGUAAUUAACAAAAAAGGUUCAGCUCGAAGGCAUCUACCAGAAGGAAGAAAUGCAAAGCAAGGAAGGAAAAUUGAAAAAGUGACAGCAUCUCCAGUCGAGCCUCCAAAGGAUUCUCCAAAAUUUCAUAAAGAAUCUUUUCGCCCCAGUUCAAGGCAAGUAGAAAGAAACCCAUCAAGAAAAUUUGAAAAUGCACCAUCAGGACAAUUAGAAAAAAAUAGGCCAUCUGUCUUCUCAGGAUCCAGUUCCUCUGAAAUUUCCAGAUCAAGAACUGGAAGGAAAACACAACCCACUUAUUCAUCAAGAGAAUUACAAUCAGAGGUACCAGAUUCUAAAAGAUUUGCUUCAAGAAGAAGUGGGAAUGUGAAUAUCUCGAGAAAAGAUAUUGAUUUAAAGAGGGAUUCUUUGCCAUCGGGAUCUGAGAAUAUAGAUGUGAAUGUUGGAACUUUUGUUGAGGUUACGAAAAGGUCUAUCUCGACAUCAACAACUUCGGAAGAACCGCAGAGACAAGCUAGAGCUGAUAAUGAAUUUAGAAGAAGUUCUGAUAGAGGAACAAGGUCCAGGGGAAGAACAUCUUCCACUGAAAGUUCUCAAACUGAAGAGUCUGGAAAUAAUUCAGGAAGAGGUAAUUUGAGAAGAGGAUCUUCAAGAUCAAGUGAACAAUCCAAGGUCACAGAAAGUCCAGAACUUAACAGAAGAUCCGGAGUUAGAUUUUCUAAGGAUGAAGUGGAUAUGAUCAGGCCUAGAAAUCCUGAAACUAAAUCAAGGGCUGAAAAUGGUGAAUCUAAAUCGAGAGGCAGGAGACCAGAUGUCAGAAAUCAAAGUGUAAAUACUCAAAGAACAGUUUCUCAAGAAGGUCCAAGAAGAAGUGGAAACAAAACACCAGAUUCAAGAACUAAGCCUCCAGAGGUGAAGAAUCAGGACCCUGAUUCCAGAAAAAGGUCACGAAUUCGAUCAAGAGUCGAAAACACAACAUCAAAGGUUCCAGACCAAACAACAUCUUCUCCAGAUGUGGUAACAGUGGUUCCGGAAGUUUUUGGAACGGUUGCACAAACAGAAUUAAAUUUGGAAACCACAACAAUAAAUCUUCUCCAUUCUGGAACACUACCAACGACCAUGACCUCCAGAUCUGCAACCACAGUAGCUCCUGCUAACAGGAGCAUUACAAAAGCGACCUCGAGAGCUACGAGAAGAGAAAGUGAAGGAACAACUAGAACAGGGGAGAGGACUGGAGCUCCUAGAAGGAGAGCUUCAAAGGAGGAUUUUUACAAUCAUGGCCUUGGAUUCAGGGGCAGGAGGCCUAUGACUGAUCCGACAACAGGAGCGACUAUUACAUCAACGCCGGUUCCUGCAGUCGUUUCUGCAUCAACAACUGUUGCACCAGGAGUGCAGCAAAGAGGAUUUUCUGGGUGGACCUUGAAUAGGAGACCCUAUCCUUCUUAUUCAGGAGCUGAGUCAUCUCAGGUAACGACAGCGGAGGAAAGCACGACCACUUCCGGUAUGACGACUAAACCAGCAGGAAGAAGAGGCAAUAAAACUUUCGUGAAGACAUCUGGCGAUUCAAGUCUAGUUUCUAAAACGGAAUCUCUGGAAGGCGAAAACUAUCCUGCGGACUUUAAGGCGAAGUUGGCACAGCUGAAAAAUUUGGCUAACUCGUCUCAGGGAGCGAUACCACCUCCAAGAUCACCUUUGCAGGGCCACAAGAAGUCACCUUCUGCGCAUUUCUCUGCAAGGUCAAGAACAAAAUUGGAAAAUGCUUUGAAGCUAGUGAAACCUGAGUUGCUUGACGAAGAAACUGAUUCCAAAACCACGUCUGGACCACAAAAUGAGCAGACAAUUUUUGACCAUGAGAAUAACAGAAGAUUGGAGAACAGGUUGUCUGAAAUCAACUCGGAGAGUUCUCUUGGACAAGAGAGUGUGGUCAAGCCCGAGUGGAAACUGAAAACGGAAACCAAUCCCAAAAAUGAAAAAAGAAGUUCCAAAUCAAGAGUCAAACAAGGAGACAGUUUCACUUCAAGAAGCAAGACAAUCGGAGAAGAUACUGAAAACAGUAUUCUUGAAAGUUCAACCGAAGUGUCUCGAAUUGAGAAAUCGAAAGUUUCUUUUAAAUCAAGGAACAAAUCUCAAGUGGAAAUCAAUAAAUCUGAAAUUGAUAACUCUAUAAGAAAAGGGAAGUCUGGAUCAUCUUCCAGAGAAAAGAAGAUUCCUGAGAAUGUUACGGUAACUACAAUCAAGCCUAAGAGAACAUCACCUCGCCGUUCAGUGAAGAAUCCAGAGGAAGAAGCUUCCAAAUUCAAGCCGAGAAAACCAGUUUCUAGAUAUCGUAAUGCUUUAAAAAAUCCUGUUCAGAAUCAUCUUCAGAAUACCGCAACUACAGAAAAGCCUAGGCCUAAGUCUUACAGUUUGAGACGUCUUAAAACUUAUGAUUCAAUUACCCUGAAUCCAAGAGAUGAAGAAGCAACAAUGAUCCCAACCGUUUCCAAUUUUCCUGCAGAAACUACCAUUACCCCUGUGACGAAAAACUAUCUUUCAGUAACAAAAUCUGUCAUCACAAAAGUCUCAGAGGAGAUUUCUACAAAAAGAUUGAAAGCUUCGGCUUUUCACGAUCUCAGUAAAACUAGUGAGUCUGGAGACAGAAACUCUAAAAAGCUUAAUUACAAAUCGGAAAAUUUGAACGAGGUUCCUAACGAUGAUGAUGAUUCAACCACGAUCAAAAUUGUAAGACCGACUAGCAGGUAUGCUAGGAAGAAGACUGAUCUUUCAAAAACUUUAAGUCCUACUUCCAAAUCUUCACUUUCUGUUCUCAAGACUGCAAACUCAGUUUCUAAAGAAAAUCAGAAGGGUACGCAGAGACGAGAAUUCCAACCAAGAACCGCAACCUAUCGAAGACACUUGGAACUUCCACUUGGCUUGGUUAGGUCCCUCACUGCUCAACCAAACAGUAUUGCUACCAUUCCUAAAGCGGAGAGAUUACAAGCUGCGAUCACCUCGACCAGUCGUUCACCACUGUUGGUAAGGCAGAAGCCCACAGUCAGUGUGGUGUCUAAUAAUUCCAACAGCUCGCAGCAGCAGUCUCUUGGAGUCCUAAAUAGCAGCAACAGGUCCAGUAAUAUCUUCAGCCCCACCAGGAGUGUCCUUCUAACUGCCGGAAAUAAUUCUCUUCUUGAGCAAAUCAGAAGCACGGUGGCGCCUUUGCUAGGAUCCUUGGCAGCCAGGAGUCCUGUCUUCUCUGGCGUAUUCAACAAUGAGACCAAUGUUAAUACUGCCGUCAGGAUUACUCCAAAUGGAUCUCCCCCGAGAUUCAGUGCGAGAUACAAGGGAGCGGAGCUAUUCGUAAGAAAACCAUCAAUUUAUCAACAGAACAUUCCGUCAAUUACCAGCUCCAGCUCUCCGUUUACACCAGUCGAGAAUCCCAGCCUGCCUCCGCCAAUUGAAGUCUCCAAUAAUGGAGAACCGAAGAUCGUUACCUUCUAUCAGGCCCUAGAGUCAGCUAGUAUUACCAACGAACAGCUUAAGACAAAUUUAGAGCAACUCGGACGAGUUGCACAGGUAGACAGACCCACUGAUAACGACCCUAACGGCACGAACAGUUCUAACAAUGAAACAGAAACAAUAACAAUAACAGUAAUAACCUCUAGUUCGACCACAGACACAACCAUGAUAUUAGAUACCACACAAUCCCCGGAAGCAACCCCCAGAGCACUUGAUGCAACCCAGAGUCCUGAAAACACUCCCACUACUUCAGAAUCACCCAUCACCUCCAAGGUGACCACCAUAUAUGAAAUAAGUCCACCCCUUACGAUGAUAACCCCUCUGAUGGAAGUCUUCGAACUGAAUGAAGUUAGUACAACAACAAUCAGUGCCACGACAAUAGAGGAUACCACGACUCAAUCUUCUUUUUCUGAUAUUUUGACUAAUGAUAUUGAAGACUCCUCACCUGAAACACCUAAUGUUGAAACUACCACUUCUGAUGAUCUUGAAGCAGAGAGUGUAGUUUCAAACACUGAAUCGUCUUCUAAUACACAAGUAUUUACUUUAACGCCAGUUACGAUGGAAUCUUCAAGCCAGAUGUCAAGAUCGGAGACUACUACUACUGUCAAUGAGAUUAUUUUUGUUUCGGAUUCAUCAGUUUCUAAUGAAACGACUACAGAGUCGCAAUCUGAAUCACCUACAACUCAGAUGACAUCCACAGAGAGUUUUAUGACUUCAACGGAAAUGACGACUGACUCAGUGGCCACAGAAGCGAGAUUUUCAACUAACUCAGUAGAUUUUCCGCCAAUGAUGCUGUCAACAAUCUCAACCAUGGUAGAAGCUUCCCCAACGAGAGUGCCAUCAAUAUCAGAAGAACCAUCCACUCUGGCAUCACUAAUGAAAACUCAGUCAACCACAAUGUCAUCCACUGCAGAAACUCCAUCUACGACAGUAUUAUCAAUUGCAGAAACCCCAUUAACAGCAAUGCCAACAACGACUGACACUAUGUCAACAACGCUAUUGCUAUCCACAACCGAAACGCCAUCAAUGACUGAAAUGCCAUCAACGACUGAAACGUCAUCAACAACGCAAUUGCCAUCCACAACUGAAACGCCAUCAACAACACUACUGCCAUCCACAAAGUCCUUCCAAUUGAGAACUACGCGACCUACAAGCGAUCCCUCUACAAUUAUAACAGUAACAGGAUAUCCCAGAUUCCCAAAGUUGCAGUCAUUCUUAGAAGCCCUGGCACAAUUGAGAGAAACAACUACGAAAAGCCAGGUAAUCCAGGUCAACAGUGAGAUGACGACCCCAUUCAAUGAACCCACCUUAAUAAUGGAUUCAACAAAUUCCAUAUCUACAACCCUAAGCUCUGCUGAAAUGCCUAACACUUUUCCGACAACUCUGCCAUCGACAGCAGAUCAAACUACCAUCUUACCUCCCAUGUCACAGGAGAAUGUAUCUAACAGUUCUUUAAAUAUCGAAAUAAACUUAGAGGAAAAUAUAACUACAACUACAGAGAUAGAUCUGGCUUCAAUUGAGUCUUCUACUAUACUAUCAACUCAACCUCGAAUCGCAAUGACCGAAGAUGAGUUCAUAAACAUGACUCAAACGUGGAUCAACGAUAGUGAUAGUGAUAGUGUUCUUCCAUUUGACAAUGAUCUACUCUCGCGUUUGAUGAACGUUGCAUCAAAGCUUUUCUCGAAACCUCUAAAUGCCACGCAGUCUCAACUUCUGCAAAAGACCCUCGAGAAUACAGAUCGCUCCUCGCUCGAUAAACUUCCAUCCCUUUUAGGUGGUUUUUUAGAUCACACUGAUAGAAACCACACUACCGAAAGUACUGCGGUAGGCAUGAGCACAACUCUAGAACCGCGCUUAGAAACACCAGAACCGCGUGUAGAAACCCCAGUAUAUAUUUCCUCACCAAUGGUCGAACAAACUACAGAAACUAUAGAGACUACUAGCACCUCAGAUUCCUCGUCACUAACCUCAGACUCACUGACUAAUGAUGCACAGCAAACGACUACGGCACUUGAUUUAACAACUGAAACUACUGACACUUUUAGCACAAAUCCACCUCAGACGCAAACCGCUAGUAUUUUAGACUUGUACGCAAUGUUGUCGGAUUUAGUUACCAAAGCACCUGCGACACCUCCAGCACUAGAGAUUGACUCCCGGAUUCAGGAAACCACACUAACUCCUACUUCAACCGAGCAAACUCAAAUGGUAGAGGAAACCACUCCUAAUACUUUAGAAACCACCAUAGGCAUACUGACCACCAUGUCCCCUGAUCUUGAAGACUCAUCGACACUUACUCCAACUUUUACGCGUUUCCAGGAUACGACGCCAGCAACCGCCCAAGGGACGGCAGGUGCCAACAUGAUUUCCUCAAAACUUGUAGAAUUUUCUACAACUCCUACUUUAAUGAUUCCCACAACCACCCCGAUACCUACCACCAGUAUGAACCCCACUACCAUUCCUGCUCCAAAAUCUUCGACAGUACCUGAUGCAACCACAAUGGUGACUCAGACUCCGGAGCCUACGACUACAAACAAUGAAAUCGAACGUUCUUUGAUUUCAUCUCAACAACCCAUAACUACUUCAACUGCAACUGCAACUACAACUACUGAACCCACGACUACUUUAUCUACCACUACUUCAUCUAACACUGCUUCAUCUACGACUGUUCCAACCAUAAGCAAUCAAACAACUCCAUAUCUUGGACGUUUUGGCGGUUCAAGGAUAACACCAGCUCCAAGAUUCAGCUCGAGUUCAUCCACAAUAGCACCUUUGAGGGACUACUUGGUCUAUGGAAUCUACCCUAAUAAGACGAUCGUUCGAAAGCGACCAGAGGACAACCUGAUUGAUGCAAGGAACAUCGACAGCCCAUAUGUGAUCUUCGGCAUCUAUCCGGAUGGAAGACUUGUUCGCAAGUUUCCCAAUGGAACGGUAAUACCGGACCCUCCCAGCAAUCCAGUUGAAGUCGUUUUCUCGCUUAGCACAACUACCACAACCACUACCACUAACCGGCCCAGUCCAUCUGUUAUUGUUGAUAACCAGGCUAACCAAGGUUUUAAUAAUCAGAAUGCUGCGCUCUCUAAUAACCGUAGCCCCGUAGCCACUUUGGAUAGUCAGAAUGGUCUCCUGAAUCCCACUGAUGUUGACAACGGACUGUCCGGCAACUCCAUUGAGCCCGCCGGACCUGCCAGCCCGGUUUCCCCGACAGUUGGUAGCAUUGGUAGCACCACUCAAAAAAUGGUGAUAGAUGCUCAGAAGGCUACAAGUUCGGUACCAUCUGCAACAAGUUCGAGUUCCUCGAAUUCUAAUGUCGCCGCCGGUUCGAACGGUAGUCAACAGGGUGGUCGGAUUAUUCAGGACCGAGAGAGGGACGAGGCCACCAGGACGAGAGAGGCCGGAGGUCAACGCAGCUCCGUGUACAUUGGACAGGAUAAAUUUAUCAAUUACUGGACCAAUGAUCAACCCAACACCAACCCACAAGUUCUUAAUGUCAAAAUUAAUUCCGUCUCUACUGCGGCAACUGCAGGAUCAUCAUCAGAACCAAAGACAUCCUUUGAUAUACUGCCCAAAAUUGGAACAGGUGCUCAGGUAACUGCACCACCAGGUUUCCCAUGGAAAGAUUCCUUGGAACAAAUCUUUGGAAUCACCACAAAUCCACCUUCAAUUUCUGCAUCUGUUGCAUCCAAUGUUCUGGAUGAUGUUAAUCCUGGAAACAGACCAAUCAAAGCGAGACCAGUAAAUUCCUUUGUUGAAAUAUUUUCACCAAUAUCAACUAGAGCUUCUGCAGCAAUUACUGCAGCUGCAAUUCCAACAAGUUCUUCAACAUCUACCACUACCACCACAACAUCAACUACUACUUCUUCUCCACCAAGAAUUACCAUCCCAAGUGGAUUGUUCACAACAAAUAUGCCAAAACAAAAUGCUUUUGGGACCACCUUUGAUGAUUUGGCCUUCCUCAAUACUCUGUUAAAUACUCCCAAAUUUGGUGGCACAACUCCGAAAACACUGACUGAGGUUGAACAACUUCUGGCAAAUAAGAUAUUGUCUCUCGCUCUUGGAAAAGCCGGACCAACAAGAUCACCAAAAGCAAUUCAGCCAUCGAAUGCCUCUCCCAAUUUAUUAAUUGACACGGACCCGAAUUCUGAAUCUGGUCCAGUAAUAAUUGACCUAUACCCAAGUUCUACGACCCCAAAACCUCCUGCAACAUGGAAACCUGUUACAUCCACGAGCCCAAUUGUUGUAAAUCCUUGGAAAACAAUUUUGAAUAGUAUUGCUGCAAAUCAGAUUCGAAUUUCGACUCCAAAUUCACUUGAUAAUCUGAGUGAAGAUUUAAGACCUGUCUUUAAUCAGCAACAAACAAGUACUUCAACUACUACUACAACUCCAAGAACAAUCACAACUUUAAGAACAACUACAACUGCAAAAACAACCACAACUCCAAGAACAACCACAACUCCAAGUACUACCACAAGUACGAGUACAACUACAACAACAAUCAGAACAACUCCUAAGAGUUCCGAAUCUACAAGACAAGUGGUAAUAACUGCGAAACCAAGAACAACAACUCCACUUCCGUUAGCAAUUGGAGAUAAUUUGCUGAGUGUUCUUUUUGGCGGAAAUUUGUUUGGAACACCAACAACCCCACCUCCAGUGAUAAACAGCAAUCCAGUUGGAACCACAAAAUCUGUUUCGACCACGCAAAGGAUACAAACUACAGAAAGGGUGCUUUCGAACACUCAAUUCCCCUUUCUUGAGAAUACGAAUCAGAAUUUGGCACCUCUCUUUAAUCAUGAAAGCACAAGUACUACAACUACAACUCCAAGAACUACAAGUCCAAGUACAACUACAACCACGACGACUCCAAAAACAACAACUCCAAGUACUACCACUACUACAAGUACAACAACUCCAAGUACUACCGCAAGUACGACUACAACUACGAAAACAACAAGAACAACGCCUAGAAGUUCAGGAUCAACAAGACAAGUUGUAAUAACCGCGAAGCCUAGACCCAGAACAACUACUCCAGCUCCCUUAGGAUUUGGGGCAAAUUUGCUGAGAGCUUUGUUUGGGGGAAAUUUUUUUGGAAGACAAACAACGACCCCACCUCCAGUAAGAACUAGGCAGCCAGUUACAACCUUUAGAAGACCAGCGACAAUCACAAAACCAGUCCUAACCACGCAGAGGAUACUAACUACAGAAAGGGUGGUAUCGAAUAUUCAAAUACCCUCGUCUACCCAAGGCCCUAUUCAACUGACGCCUGAAGUUAAGGUCUCAAAGGAAAAGGUCAAUGCAAACUUGGAAGCUGCGAGUAGCACCGCUGUCGGAGUUAAUGACCAGAAUUCUAAAUUAACUGAGAAACAGAGUUCCACUUUUUCACCGGAGGAUGAUGCUAAAUUCUUGAUGGCGCUUCUGCAAGCUGCUCAAGAAAUGAAAGGGGAAACAGAAUCCUCGACUCUUGUAUCAAAAACGGCAAUUUCGAAAGAUGACGAUUCGUUUUUGAGAGCGAUUUUGAGUGGCCAGGCUAAGGAUCCAGCAGGUUCUGGUAAGGGAGAAACUGGUGUAAACAAUGCUGCUCUUUUGGCCGCAUUUCUGAAAGCUGAAGGUAUUGAGCCUCCUAGUCCAGCCAAUCAACUCAGAGAACAGCUUCUCUUAGCCGGUGAGAAAAAUAGAGAAUCAAGGUCAUCGACGACUUCAGAGCCACAAACUUCUACUACCACUACUAGAAAGACAACCACAAGGCCGAGGCCAGCUGCUCCAACGUGGAAACCAAGUUCGACAUAUCCACCUCCAUUAUUUGGUGGCUUUAAUUUUGGAGGAUCCUCUGAUAGUUUUAGAGGAAAUACCAAUUCAAACACUGGUGAAGACAAUGUUCGAAGUCAAGUUGUAAAUGCUGCCAUUGGUGUAACGAGAGCUUUCAGUCAAUUCCUCGGCGGUGCCAUCAGGGGUGCAGCAAAGCAAUUACAGACCUUCGUGGGAAAUGGAACAAGAUCGUUCUUCUCUUAAGUGAAAGUGAUAUGGAUUUGAAAUUUAUUUAAUUUAGUGUACGGCCAUGUAACUGUCAUAGUUCGUGUCUCAUUGAUUGCGCCAGGUAAUUUUUUAUCCACAAAUAGUGAUAUUUCCAAUUGAAAUGAUGAAGCAAUAGAGCGAAAGUGAUUGCCACUUUUCAUCGCUUCCGCCAAACGAAGAAAUCCGAAAUUAAAGAUGCAAAAGUAUAGUCAAGAUUAGACAUAUUUAAUUAAUAUUUAAAAUAAUUAAGGAAUUCUUUGAACUUCGUGAAUGCCAAGAUAGGAUGAGCUUACGAGAAUAGGGUAUGAUAGUUACGCAACAAUAAUGUGCGUACCGAUUAUAAUUUUCAUUAAUAAUUCUUGAACAUUUAAAAAUUAAGAAUCAAAUUUUAUUGAUAUUGAAUUUAAUUCUGACUUAAAAUAUGCUUGGGAGCGUAUAGAAAUGUUGCCUUUGUAUUCAUAAAAAGCUCAAGUUAGUCUUAAAAUUGAUGAUAAUUGUUGCUCAUCGGAAUUUUAGCUUUUAAAACCUUAAAGGUGCUCAAUAAAUUUCAGUGGCGAAGUAAACAAUAAUUUUCGUGAAAAAAAUUAUUUUUAUCUUAAUUUAAAUAAUAAAUUCCAGGUCUAACGAACUUUUUUAUCAUAAGUUCCCUAACUCGUGGAAAUAAUUCACGAGGCUUUUGCAAUAUUGUAAUAAUUGUAAUUAAUGCAAAUCUUGUAUCUAUGAAAUCUUGACGGUGCAUUUUUUUUUAGAAAAAAAGAGUAAAAGACUGCAUCGUCGACGAUUAAAUAUUAUUUAUGAAAUAGAAUCGAGCUUAUAAUUUUUUUAAGUUCUGUAUAGCAGUGCCUGUGUAUAUGUAACUUAGCUUAGUGUGAUAUGUUUUGUAAAAUAAAGCUGAUGUGUAUUGUUCUCUACAAAACUUUCCUCUCUCGGAAAAAAUUAUUCUCGCUAUCGGAAAGAGAUACUUUACCGUUCCUCGAUUGACGGGUUUAUUAUUAUGCAAAUAGUAACAAUGAAACUUUAUUCUAAUCGGCACUUUAUGUGUCUUUUAUUCUAGGAUGGAAUAAGAAAAUUGAUUUUCUAUGCUAUCAACAAGGAUAUUGGAUAAUUAAAAAUAUAAAUUAUAUUUUCACUUGGAUAAUAAACUGAUGAUUCGAAAGUUUCAAUUUAAUAAUUGUGACUUUUUGUAACCUUGAAUGAAUUUCUCUGGACCUUUAAGGUCUUGCAAAAGAAUUUCUAUUCAGUAUACCCUGUGAGAAAUUUCUGUAGAAAUUUUCAG